CGGCGAUGGAUAAUUCGCGCAAUGAAUCGAAAAUGUCACGGCUUGCCGACUACUUCGUCAUCGUGGGAUACGAUCAUGAGAAAGAGCGAACUGGAUCAAGAAGUGGUAAAAUUAUUCAAAGAUUUCCUGAAAAAGACUGGCCCGAUACACCUUUCAUAGAGGGAAUAGAACUGUUCUGCCAACCGCAAGGAUGGUCCCUUUCUACCAACCGACAGGAGCCACAGUUUUUCGUUUCGGUUCUCACCGACAUGGACGGCAAUCGGCAUUAUUGUGCGUGUCUUUGCUUCAACGAAACCAUCGCCAUCACACCGAGCAAACCGAUCGACGAAGAGGAAGAGGACGACAAUCUAUCACCGUCGGGCGGUGGAACGGGUGGUGGCGUACUGGCAAACAGUGGGCCACCAUCGAUCACCCACCACAGCAUUAUGUAUGCACCGAAAUGUCUCGUGAUCGUGUCCCGAUUGGAGUACAUAGAAGCGUUCCGCAAUUGUCUCGGCACGAUCUACACGGUGUACUUGGAGAGCCUCAAAUUUCAGCUGCACUAUUUGAUCGGUAGCAUCCUUGGCUGUAUACAGGUACCACCGCCCGGUGGACCUCCGGUGCGUUUUUCGAUCGGUGCGGGCGAUAAACAGAUCCUGCAGCCACCGAUUUCAAACACAUUGCCCGUGACGGGUUCCUGCGUCAGCUUGCUGUUCCAUCAGCUGGGUAUUAAGAACGUAAUGUUGCUGUUUUGUGCCGUCAUGACCGAGCACAAGAUCCUGUUUCACUCGACCAGCUACACGCGCCUAACGGACAGCUGUCGGGCAUUGACGGCGCUAAUGUAUCCCUUCCGGUAUAGUCUUGUCUACAUUCCGAUACUGCCUGCAUCGCUGCUGGAAGUACUUACCAUGCCGACAACGUUUAUCAUGGGCAUCCACAGUUCGCUUCGGUCGGAAAUAAGCGAAAUAUUGGAUGUGAUCGUUGCCGAUCUCGAUGGAGGAUCAAUACACAUUCCCGAGUCACUCGUACCACCAAUCGCGCGGUUACCGGCUUCGCUUUGGGACUCAACCGAACAUGCUCUACGGAUGGUUUUGCAUCCGGAACUAGCAUUGGCUGAUCUCGCCUUUCCGGCCGGUAGCAAUGCUCACGGUCCUGGGCUUAACAACAACAUCAACCAGAGUAUGGCCCUGGCGCCGGUGGGCGGUACAAAUGGGUACAGUUUUCGCGAGCAAAAGAACGACAUAAUGCUUGAUAAGGAAAUAAGAGCAGUUUUCAUGAGACUUUUCGCGCAACUGCUGCAGGGCUAUCGAUCCUACCUCACGCUGAUUCGGAUUAACCCCAAGCCGAUCAUCCAGUUUCAUCGAGCCGGUUUCCUCGGGGCGCGGGAACUAGUUGAUUGUGAGUUUUUGUCGCGUGUGUUGGACAGUAUGUUCUUUACCGGGUUUGUGACGGAACGUGGCCCACCGUGGCGUGCGUGCGACGCAUGGGACGAGCUGUACAGCACAAUGAACGAUCUACUGAAAUCCGAAUCGCUGGACGCUUCGCUGGUGCUGGGUCACAUACAGGAUCUGGCAAAACAGCUGUAUACCAACGAAUACCCGAAUCAGCAAUCGUUUCAGCAGAAAAUUUUGCGCCCUCCGGAUGGUGCUUUUGCUAGAAUUCAUCAACCACCGAUGCCGCUGAUUGACGCGCAGGAAGUGCAAAAUGUUAUCAACGAUGGGCUGCAGGCGAACGAUUUGCAGUCCCGUAUGCAACCGGUUCGGGUUAAGCUGCGUAUCGUACCGAUGGGACCGUAUUUGAAACCAGCCCCACAAGAAUCACGCCCCAUCGUGAAUAAUAGUGCACGCAAACUGGAGGUGCUGCGAAACUGUAUCAGUUGCAUCUUCGACAAUAAGAUAACGGAGGCACGCAAAAGCUUCCCAGCGGUGCUGCGUAUACUAAAGCAGCGCGAAGCUCGGCUUACUAUGUGCCGCGAACUGGCAAAGAUCGGACAGGGCAACAAGCAACUCGAUCACCAGCAGUUUGAUCUCGUAAUUAAGCUGAUGAACCGUGCGCUACAAGAUGAUUCGGCGAAGGACGAGUAUGGCGUGGCGGCCGCAUUGCUUCCGCUGUCGUCUCUGUUUUGUCGCAAGCUCUGUACGGGCGUGAUUCAGUUUGCGUACACCUGCAUCCAAGAUCAUCCGGUGUGGAAGUCUCAGCAGUUUUGGGAGGAUGCGUAUUACCAAGAGGUUCAGACGGCGAUUAAAGAACUGUAUCUACCGCUUGCAAACUGGCCAAAACCGAGCGGUGUCGGUGGAAGUGCGACGGUUGGAUUUGCGGACAGCAGCGCGCUACUUUCACAAUCCAUUUCGCGCGAUAAACUCGACCGUGCUUCGAUGCUUACGCGGGCUCAAGAACCGUCGGCGCUGGAGAUAGCGGCCGAUCAGAUGGGUAAGUGGGCUACGAUGGAUUCGGUUACGCAGAAGGAACUUACCAACAAGGAGGAAAGUACGCUGUACAGCCAUGCCAUUCACUACGCUUACCGGAUGGUGUACCUAUUAAUCCCACAAGACGUUGGUGGUGCCGUGGGUCGGGUGCAACGUGACAAGGAUGGUCGCCAUCUCGAGGACGAUACGAGCGUGUCGAAUAGCGUGAUCGAAUCGCGCAGCCACAACAGCGACCACAACAGCGACGAAGGUUUCGAAGAGCAUGAUCCCGGUGAAACGGGCAGUGCGGUUACGAAGAUGGUGUGCAAGUUCAUCGAUCGCGUUUGCACCGAAGGUAACGUGACUGCGGAGCACGUGCGCAAUCUACAUCAGAUGGUACCCGGUACGAUACAGAUGCACAUCGAGACGCUCGAGGCGGUUGCACGCGAAGCGAAGCGUAUACCGCCGAUCCAGAAACCGAAGCUGCAGUAUCCGGUCUUGCUGCAGGAUGAAAAGAUCAUUGGUGAGCUGCGGGCGUAUUUGUUGGCGGACGGGCGGGAAGAUAAGGAAGGAGGUAGCAGUGGCACGAUGCUCCCGGCUGAGGGAGCUAUAUUCCUAACCAACUACCGUGUGGUGUUCCGAGGAUCGCCGUGCGAUUCGUAUUCUUGCGAGCAGAGCGUAGUCCGUGCGUUUCCCAUUUCAUCGCUUACAAAAGAAAAACGGCUGACGGUGAUAUACCUGCAGCAUCUCGAGCAGGUGCUGCCAGAAGGAAUGCAGCUGAGAUCUUGCACCUUCCAGCUAAUUAAAGUCGCCUUCGAUGAGGAAGUGCCGCAGGAACAGGUGGACGCAUUUCGGAAAGCCGUUCAUAAGAUACGUCACCCGGAGGACGAGUUUGGGCAUUUUGCGUUUGCCACGCACGGUUUGGCCCAUCCCGCCCUUUUGCCGGGUCAUAAAGUGAAGGAGAAAAAUGCCACACUGAAGGACUUUGCGAAGAAAACGCUAUUGCGUACGGCAAAGAAGGCAGGUUUCAAGCAAAAGACGGGCGCUACGAAACGGAAAUAUAUACUGCCCGGUGCGGUCGAUUAUGAUGAUGCAUACGCUAGUGGUGGGCUGCUAGGUAUGGGUGGACCAGGUGGAGGCAACAGUUCCGGCGGAGGUGGUGGUGGAAUGAACGAGAACAACAACAACAACGACGAUGAUGACGUCUCCGACGAUGGUACGGAUACGCUGCCACGUGUUCACGUGAAGGAUGUGGAGCGGUUGAAAGAGCGAAGUUAUGUUCGUGACUGGUUACGGUUGGGGCUGGGCGAUGUGCAGACGACAGGGUAUCGUAUUUCGCCCGUAAACAGCAACUACAGUAUCUGCCGAACGUACCCGGCGAUGAUAGUUUGCCCGAAGGAGGUGUCGGAUGAUUCGCUUCGAUGUAUGGCACGAUGCUACAAACAGCACCGGAUACCGGUGGCGACGUGGCGACAUCGUAAUGGGGCCACGCUGCUGCGUGGUGCCGUACCGCAAGCAAAGGGCGUGAUGGGGAUGCUAAAAGGCCAUCCAGGGUCAGCGAAUACCUCCACUGAUAGUACGAGCUUCCAGGAGCAAGAUCGAUACUUCGUUCAGGUGAUCAAAAUGACACCACAUACGCGCACGAUUCGGCAUCAAGCGUGGGGUGGACUGUCUGAUUCCAAUAUCUCGCUCGAUUCGCUCGCCCUGGUUGCGAACAAUCCGAUGACGCGCUCGGAUAUCUCCACCCUAACGCCUGAUGUUGGCCGUAAGCAACAGCAUCACUCGCACCAUGAUGGUGGUGGAAAUGGCGGUGGUCUAAAUUCCACUGGCGGUGGAGGUCUGUAUUCCAUCAACAAUUCUUCAUUCUCGAGUUUCAGUGCGAUGCGAUCGAAUAUAGGGAAGUCGAACAAAUGGACUUCGUUGAAACCAAACCGCAACUCAUCGACAGCGGUAGGAGGUGGUCCCGAUUCCACUAGCUUGCGGGAUGUGAAUCAUUGGGAGCGCGACGGUCCCGGCGGCCAUCACCAUCACCAUCUGCAUCACGGUGGCAAUGGUGGUGGUGCUGGGCAAUCCGGGCAACAGGCACAUUACGCAUUCCAGCGCGUACCGCUCUACUUUCUGGGCGAGAAAUCGCAAUCCAAAUCGGCGAAGUUAUCGGAAAUGUAUGCAGAAUUCAUUCCGGUCGAUUACACUGACGUGCGACAUUCGCGAACCGCCUUCAAGAAACUAAUGCGAGCCUGUCUACCGUCAUGUGAUACGAACGAGCCGGAUCAAACGUUCGCCAAGCUGGUUGAACAGUCGGAUUGGUUGCAACAAAUUCGUGGUUUGCUACAGUUAUCGGGAGCCGUUGUUGAUCUGAUGGAUUUACAGGAAUCUAGCGUAACACUGGCGCUCGAAGACGGUUGGGACGUAUCGGCGCAAAUAUCAUCCCUAGCGCAGCUGUGUCUCGAUCCGUACUACCGCACGAUUGAGGGCUUCCGAGUGUUGAUCGAGAAGGAAUGGCUUGCGUUCGGCCACAGGUUUGGACACCGGAGCAAUCUGAAGCCGAAUUCAAGCUCCGGUUCACCGUUUGCACCAACGUUUUUGCAGUUUCUGGAUGCGGUUCAUCAGAUACAGCUUCAAUUUCCUCUCGCAUUCGAGUUCAAUGAGUUCUACUUACGGUUUCUGGCGUACCAUCAUGUGUCUUGCCGGUUUCGAACUUUCCUGUUCGAUUGUGAGCUGGAAAGGGUUGAUUUUGGCAUAACGGCAAUUGACGAUAAGCGCGGCUCGCUCAACUCGCACCACAAACACGUUGUAGAAGCGCUCACGAUUUCCGAUGACGAUAAUCUAAUCUAUCACGGCAUGGGUGGAGGAAGCGGUGGUAACGGCGUUCCGGGCGGUGUUGGAAGUAGCGGCGGCCCCAUGGGAUCUUCGUCGAACAGUAGCGGAGUAAUUGGGGGUGGUAGAAACACAAACACGCAAAAGUUUGGCCCCUCGCUCUUUGACUACAUUGAGCGGCAGCACGCGAAAUCCCCAAUGUUCUACAAUUUUAUGUACACGCCCGAUCCGGAACGCACAGUGCUGCGGCCGCAGAGUUCCAUUUCGGUGUUGGAGAUUUGGUCGUACUAUCUCGGCGAGGAACUCGCCCAAGGACCACCGUACGAUCCCGAGCUAGUCGGUAGUGAUAAUAUGGAGGACGACUGUGAUUACAUGUAUUCGACAACAACCGGUGGCAAUGGUGGUGCGGGCAAUGCUGGAAGUCUGAGCAGUACCGGUGGCCCGUCAGGUGCUCUAAUGCUACGACAGCCAAGGCGGCGUGUUGUGACCGUUAAUUACGAUAGUUUGAGCCGUUACGAAGCGGACGCGUUCACCAAGUUGCUGGAUGAGUUGAAAACGGCCGAAGCAGAGCGGGGCUUAUUGCCGCAAAAGUGGCGCCAGGUGUGGGAUAAACUGGAACCACCGCACUCAGAUUCCCUGACCCGGCAUGCGUCGUUCAGCAGUGCUUUGGUCCGUUCGCAUGGUCGAUUGUUACACAAAAGAUCCACGCUGGAAAUACUAAUGCGCGGUCGACAGGCUGGAUUUCAUCAGGAGAACUUCCUCCAUCCACAUCGCUUUGAAAAGCACGUUUAUUCGGCACCGGUCAAUUGCAAUCACUGUGGUAACGUUCUCUGGGGUCCUCUGCUGAAUGGUUUAAGAUGCGUUGAUUGUGGAAACACCUAUCACGAGAAGUGUGCGGAAUCGGUACCGAAGAAUUGUACCAAAUACAAAGCAGUCGAAGGUGGCAAUCAACCGACGCUGGCUCGAACGCAGGGGGACAAUAAUAGUGUAACGUCUAGUGUUAACACAACAAAUACCAACAGUCAGCAUUAUUACGAACAGUAUGAUAGCAAGGUUGCUGACGAUCGUACACACGAAGGCUACCUGUACAAACGCGGCGCGAUCUUAAAGAACUGGAAGCAACGCUGGUUUGUGCUGGACUCGCACAAGCAUCAGUUGCGGUACUACGACACGAUGGAUGAUUGCAGCUGCAAGGGUUACAUUGAACUGGCGGAAGUACAAUCGGUCGCGCAAGCACCUCCUCAAACUGCACCAGCUCCUUCGAAAAAGGUUGAUGAUCGAGCAUUUUUCGAUCUCAAAACUAGCCGACGAACGUAUAAUUUCUACGCCCAGGAAGCAUCCAGUGCGCAGGAAUGGAUCGAGAAAAUCCAGGCUUGUCUGCAGUAGAAAAUUCUACCUCUUUUCAGGCUUACUCUGCUAACUUCAUGUGGAAAGUCGCGCUGUCUCCGAAAACCCUAAUUAAACAAAAUGAUUCUUCUGACUGAUGAUCUAGGCUGUAAGCAUGGCGCAAUGAUUUUCGUCUGUAGAGUUGUAUUUAUUUUUGACUAUCCUAGAUGUCCUCACGUUGUUGCGCUUAUUUGCCUGGAAGUUUUGCCUGGUUCAUUAAUAACGCGUGCUCUCUUUUAUAGCCUUAAGCUACAACAGUACGAGACAUCAGUUCCAAACGUUACAUAAAUUGAAACCUUGAUUGUUCAAGGGUCGUGGAUAUUAAAAUGCUCAAUAAAAAACGGAAAAAUGCACAACCUGUGCGCAUAUACCGUUCGGAAGAUAGACUCCCAUAGUACGAUGGGAAAGUAGAAGGGAAAAGAUAUAUUUUAGUCUCGAGCUCAACUCUCGAUUCUUACCGGCGUAUGAUAUAUAGCCGUGUGCGAAAUGUUUUCCGGCGAAUAGCUAACUUAUUUAGCUUUUAAGGCGUGUAUGCGCCUACGAAGUGAUGCGGGUUAUCUCAUUUUUUAUUGUUAUGUUUAACUAAGGUUGUUUUUUUUUCCUCUGUUGGGUUUCAUUUACGUUGCACGCGAAGCAUGUUUGCAAUACGACUGAAACGUGUUUCCAAUCGAAUGCGACAUCGCUACCAUUUCUUUCACUUUGCACCAAAGUGAAGACAUGGUCCAUCUGAUCACACAGCUCAAAGAAAAGCAUUCUAGAGCAGCACGUGCAACUAGUUUCCAUCGUUUAUUCAAUCAAUCCCGGUUUCGAUUGAAAGGCGAAACUAGAAUCACAAACAAUGUUUUCGAUUAUUUAAAUGUGAUAUGUGAUGUAAUCGUAGUUCUCUCAUGGUAAUAUAAACCCUAGCAAUAGCGUCGCCUCUACGAAGACGUAACAGCAAAAACCACACCAAUAAUCGAAUAGUAAAAAUAUAGAUAUCAUUGUCAGAUAGAGAAAAGCCUUGCAUUUGAUCGGAUAAUUCGAACAAAUGUGAGAGAGAUAACAAACAAAACGAGCGUAUAUUGCAUCGCUUUUCCUUCUGUGGUGUGUAUGGGUUUGAAUUGUUACAGUUACAUUGAUAGUUGUAAAAAAAAAGCUUAUCAAAGUUAGGUUAAAUCAAUUAUUUUGUAUCUAUGUACCAAUGGUGUACGCCUCUCUUGAAGCGCCGAAUAAUGCCUUCAUAUCUGUUCGUUACACUAUACUGUCGUUAAACGCGCCAACCCUCACAACGGUUCAUGCAGUGCCAUGCAUCGAUAUUAGUGUGUAAUUAACGUGGGGAUGGAUUCGUUUAACUGUCGUUAAGAUUAAGAACCUAGAACUGCCAGUGAUCGGUGAAGUUUCGUUCAGUGACUCCACCACGAUUUCCUUUCAAUUAGUCUGUGUGGUGAUUAGAACAAAAUUGCGUACCGGAUCAGUGCACUUCCAAAGACACGAGUUAUUAGCAUGCUACUAAACAAACAUAGGACGAAAAGAAACUUUAUCCAUUUCUGUACAAAAUCACUUACGCCAUGAUGGUAUAUUAUGAUCUGAAAAACACAAAAUCCAAAUGAUACGGCGGAUGAUGAGAACAGAACAAACGUCGCAGAUGAUAAGAUCAACCAGUUAUCGUAGCCCUGUCUCCAUAUUAGUCAAGCAGAAGAAUAUGAUUUGCUUUCGAAACCUGAAGCCGUGUCAUUUUAAGUCGAUGAUUUUGGGGCCACUCUUAGCCGAGUUAAAUUAUUAUCCGUUCGAGCAUAAUCAACAAAGAUACCGAUUCAUAUCAGUUUUCAGGUAAAGCUUGCUGCUGAAGGCGAACGCCUUGGCCACAGCAUGUCGGACCUACCCACCAAAAGUUUUACUUAACACUUACACUUAGUCGCAACGAAACCCCGAUUUGCAAUAUUGUUUUCCUGGAAGGUGUGCGCCACGCGACGGAAAAAGCAUUGUAAAUAGCACGUCCAUAUGCGUAUGCGCUAUGUUGCGCAACACAACUAUACAUAACCAUCGGCGCAGAAGGCAUUCGAAUGCGUACAUAAAUAGACGCUCCGUAAGGUAAAUACCACGUGUGUACAAAUGCACUCUAAAUGAAUAUAGUAGCGAUAUGCUCACGACCGCCUAAAACUAAAGUGCUACAAAGCGAAGGUGGUGCAUUGAAAUUGGAAUGGUUUGCCUGUUAGCAACGUGUAU